AUGGGCAGAAUAAAGAAGAAGGGAGAGUCUGGCGCGGCCAAGAACUACAUCACGCGUACCCAGGCUGUGCGCAAGUUGCAGAUCAGCCUUCCCGACUUCCGCAAGCUCUGCAUCUGGAAGGGUAUCUACCCGCGCGAGCCCCGAAACAAGAAGAAGGUCUCCAAGUCCGCGACCGCCUCCACUACCUUCUACUACACCAAGGACAUCCAGUACUUGCUUCACGAGCCGCUACUCGCCAAGUUCCGCGAUCAAAAGGUCCUUGAGAAGAAGAUCUCGCGCGCACUCGGUCGCGGCGACGUCUCAGACGCCAAGAGGCUCGAGGGCAACGCCGCCAGGCCCGAGAACACGGGCAAGCCCAGCUACACUCUCGACCAUGUCGUUCGCGAGCGCUACCCAACUUUUGUGGAUGCGUUGAGAGAUUUGGAUGAUUGUCUAUCCAUGUUGUUUCUCUUUGCGAACCUUCCCGCAACCUCAUCCGUGCCCGCAAAGAUGAUUGCGCGUUGCGAGAGAUUGUGUCUCGAGUUCCAGCAUUACCUGAUUGUCUCGCACAGCCUUCAGAAGUCUUUCCUUUCCAUCAAGGGCAUUUACUACCAGGCCAACAUCCAGGGUGAAGACAUCCUGUGGUUGGUGCCGUACAAGUUCAACCAGAGGGUUGUGGGCGACAUCGACUUUAGAAUCAUGGGUACUUUUAUCGAGUUCUACAUGACUCUCUUGGGCUUUGUAAACUUCAGACUGUACACAUCAAUUGGACUCAAGUACCCGCCCAAGUUCGAUGCCUCCAAGGACGACAAGGCUGCCGACCUGGCUGCUUUCACUCUCGAGGGUGCUGGCUUGGCAUCCAACGGCGCACAACCAGAUGCCAUCAUGGAGGGCACCUCCGAGAGUACGCCUGACCCGAAGCUGCAGGCAAAAGUCAAUAAGCUGGUCAAGGAGUUGAAGAGUGGUGAGGACGAGAAGCCCAAGGCCAUCACCAAUGGCGAGGAGGGUGAAUCGGACACAGCCGCUACCGACGCUAUCGACAAGUUCGAGCCUGCAGCUCCCGGUGGCGACGUUCUCCUCCAGCCCUCAUACAGCACUUCCGACCCCUCACAGCUAUUCGCCAACUGCACCAUCUACCUGUCACGCGAGGCGCCUCGUCAGGCUCUCGAGUUUAUACUUCGUGCUUUUGGCUGCAAGCGCAUUGGUUGGGAUGAGGUCCUGGGUGACGGCGCGUUCACCACCAACGAGUUGGAUCCAAGCAUUACUCAUCAAAUCGUUGACCGACCGCCUGUUACAGCGGUGGACAGCGAUGAGGGUGAGGAUAACCAGACGUCGCAGAAGGUUGGCGGGCGUGUGCCAGGCAGGAUAUACGUGCAGCCGCAGUGGGUGUGGGACAGCAUCAAUGAUGAGGAGCUCAAGGAGCCGAACCAGUAUGCGCCGGGCGCACAGCUGCCUCCGCAUCUGAGUCCCUUUGUCAAGGCGCGCGCUGGUCAAUACGACCCGACGGUGCCGCUGGAGGAGCAACAGACGGAAGCAGAGGCUCUCAAGGGUGACAGCGACGUCGAAGACGAGGAAGAAGCAGACGGGGCCGAGGCUGAUGAGGAUGAUGACGAGGCUGUUUUGGCUAUUGAAAAUGGUGAGAUGGACGUUGCCGGUUCAGACGAUGACGACGACGAGGAGGAUGAGGAGGCCGACGCAGGCUUUGGUGGAUUCUCAGACGCCGAGGUCGAUGACGCAUCAGAAGAUGAAGAACAGACAUCGGCAGCGUUGCAAAGACAAAUAGAGCUCGAGGCCGAGUUUUCGGGCAAGUCUGUCAAGGCUUCAGACGCCGACAAGCAGGCGGCAGACCCUAAGGCCAAGGCCAAGCAGCAGAAGCGCAAGGAGCUGCAGCGCAAGGCCAAGGAGGAGGCCGAGGAUCUGGAGCGGGCCAAGGGAAUGCUAAGCAAGAAGAAGAGGAAGCUGUUUGAGCAAAUGACAUACAGCAAUAACAAGAAGGAUGCUGAGUCGGAGAAAUUGCGGGAGAAGAGGAGAAGGAUCGAAAGAAAAAUGGGCAAAGGGAAAGCAACAUAG